CCGCAUUGACAGCGACGAAAGCUCGUGAAAAUGGCCAAGGGCACAAUUGUUGUGUCCUUGCGCUCCAAAGGACUGCCAUCGUUCAAUAAGUCGCUUGUAUUUGACCUGCGCUACCAGGCAGUGCAGUUUGCGACUGAGCUGCUCGACAUUUUCUUGGCGUGCUUCGUUACGUUUGCUUGCUUAUCGUGGUCAGCAUGGAUCAGCAUAUCGGUCAAUGUCAUCACAAUUGCGGCGACCUUGACCACCAACUAUGCGCAAGUCAGCAUGGACAUCCCCUUCAUCUUCUUCAUAUACAUAGUCCUGCCCAUCCUUAUCCUCUUCGCCAUCGUCUUCCGGCGGAGAGAGUACGCCCUGCAAAGCUUGGCGGAGCUAAAGGCGGCCGUGGUGUCGCUGCUGCUGCACCGGCCGGCCGGGGUCACAGCGGUGCAGCGCGACGCGUCUGACGACCUGCAGCGGCGGAUUGUCGCCUUCAUGGACGACCUACGGCAAUAUCUGCAGCACCGGCGGCCGUACGCGCGCCAUUUCUAUCUGCCGUACCGCACUUCGGACCCCAGCCCUCAGGACGAGCUGCUCAAGAUCUCUCGGGAGCUGGGGUUGCUGCUGCGCAAGGUGCAGCGGGGGGUGCGCGAGCUGCACUUGACGGCGGAGCGCAUGCAGGGCUGCGGCUUCCGCGAGGGGCAGGUGGCGGCGGUGAUUGCCAAGAUCGAGGCCAUGCAUGGGGCCAUGGAGCGGCUGUCGAACAUCAAGGAGAUGCGGACGCCUGUGGUCAUGCGCGCCGUCAUCCGCUGGUUCGUGGUGGUGCUGCUGCCGGUGGCGUUCGGCCCCUUCUGGGACGCCGUACGCAACUACACAGGCAAUGCAGCGUACGCGGGCAUUAUGGGCGUGCUGACGCACGUGGCCUUGAUGGCCAGCAUGGACACGGUGGUGGCGAUGGAGGACCCCUUUGACGACACGGCACUGGACGGCAUCAGCUUGUAUGAGAUGCUAGACCAAGUCGGCGCGAUGACCAACGCGCCAACGGACGUGGACGGCUACGACGCCAGCGGACUGGGCGAAGGCGGCGCCGACGCCAACGGCGGCGGCGGCGUCGGCAACGGCGACCCUCACGUCGCCAUGUACAUGAGCGGCAACGGCGUGGGCGCCGGCGGGCCGGGCACGAUUGGCGUGGCGGCCGACACUCCCGGCGGCGGCGGCGGUGGCGGCGCGGUGGGCUCCGCGUCCAUGUCCAUGUCAGGCAUGACUAGCUCUAUGGGCCCAGGUGGGGGUGCUGGCGGCGGCGGUGGCGGCGGUGGUGGCGGCGGCGGCGCGACGGUGCCGGGCGCGUCCAUGUCUGAGCUGGCAGGGCUGGCCCAAGUCCAGCAGGCCGUAGGGACCGGGGCCUUCGCCGCACCCGGCGCCGGCAACAACCUUGGCGGCGGCAUGGGUGUACUGCCAGUCCCCGCCAUGCGCGGUAGUGUUACCUCCGACACCGCCGUCGGGCCGCCGUCGGCGCUCGAUGGCGGCGCUGGCGGCGGCUAUGGUGGUGGUGGAGGCGGGGGCGGCAACCCAAACCUGCCGUCUGUGACGUCGCCGGCUCCGUUGUUUGAGCUGGGGGCGCCGGUGCGGGCGCCGCCGCCUAUGCCGCCUAUGCCGGCCCUGGCUGGGGAUAACAUGUACGUCCCCGCCGCAGGCGGAGGUGGUGGUGGAGGUGGAGGCGGCUCUUAGGGUGCAGAGGUACAGGUUUAGAGGUGCGGGUGCGGUGGAUUGAACCGUUGCUGGGCUUACCUGUACAGGUGCGGGUGCAGCGUGUUGUAGGUGGAUGCGUGUGUGUUAUUCCGGAUGUAUGGUUGGUAUGGGUUUGUCGUUUUGUGGUACCGUGUGCAUACCUUGAGCAUGAAUGCGCUGGAGCAGGCUUUGCAGACGUAAGGCGGCAUCGUACAUAAACACUCAGACCUGGGUUACCAACCCGGGACUGUGUACGGACAUUGAAGGGGGCAACUUAUGCCGGGGGGGGGGGUCGCAGGGAUGCAUCGCCGCGCCACGACCAGACCUGGUGGCCGCUUCAGGUUUGGCUGCGCACGUAAUUUCCGCGGACUCCCAUACACAAAACUGAUCACGCUGUCGCGACAAUGUGCCAGCGCACGCAUUGCUGGGUGGCACGUACACAAGGGAGCUGGCAAGCAGAUGAGAGCGUGCUCGGCUUGCGCCCCCCGUGUGUAAGAUGGCUAUUAUAAACACGUGCACGAGAGAGUCCCGUGAGAGAGUCCCCAUGCUGGGUGUUGACGUGACAUGGAUAGCGCCAUUCGCUUGGUUUGGCUGCAACGGCUGCGUGUCGGGUCGUCAGGCCCGAGUCAGCGGUAGACCUUCAGCAGCUAACAAAUGACAAGUUGACAACUGAUGGCAGCAGGCUAGCUGUGCGGGGUCACUGCGAGGUGGGCAUGUUGGAAUGCAGCAGGCGCUGCGGCGGCUGUAAGGAGUAGCUGGU